GGUGGAUUAAAAGAAAGAUCGACGGCGAUAUUCCAUUGUUUCCUCUUCCCCUUUCCCCUUCCAAGCUCUUCGUCUUCCUCGCAACGGUCAAAAUCCUUUGAAUCCUUCCGAUAGUUGCAGACUGUAAACAAGAACAGGAUCCAUGGCGGCCUUCUCUCCUAGGUCUCCUUCUCCUCUUCCUGAGAGAUCAUCGGCUAGUUUCCGCAGUACAGAUACCAGAAACGCUGCUAAAAGGGCUCAGAAUGCCAACUCCGGGAUGAAGACCAAUAGUCCUUCCGAUUUUCACCAACGAAGCUCCGGAGUGAGAGAGAGAAGCGUUUCCCCAAGUCUGAGAGCUUCCUUCGAGCACAAAGAAGACGACAGAGAUGAAAAUCGGCAUGUUCCCAAACUGGCUCGUUCAGGACCUUUACCUUCAUUUUCCAAGGGAACAAAGAACUUCAUGGCUCCGACGAUCUCUGCGGCUUCGAAGGUAGCGGCCUCGCCGAGAAAGAAGGUACUGUCGGAGAGGAAUUCGGUCGAUCAUAAUGCAUCUCCGUUCUCCUCUACCAGUUCACCCCAAGUCCAAGAACCUGAAGCUUUCAGCAGAACCACUGUUGAGGACCGGAGCGUGGUGAAUGUCAAAAAUGACUCAGAACCGGAAGAACUGAAGGACCCAAAGAUCCUCGCUCGUGCCUCACCUAACGAUGCUUCCCUACCUCCUUAUGAUCCCCACGUUAACUUUCUGUCCCCAAGGCCAGAAUUCCUACGUUACAGCCCCAAUCCACGUCUUGAAAGGUAUCGGAGGGACGACAAGCCCACGAUUAAGAAGCGGUUGGAGAGCAGCUUCGCAUCUGAAAGCAGCUUGACUGGUGAAGAAGAACUUCAAGAGAACAGUGGUUCUGAAAUUGGGUUUACGGCUGGGCUUGAAGGAGAUUACCACAAUGAAGAAAACCACAGUUCUGAAAAUGGGUUUCCGACUGGACUUGAACCCGAUGGCGACAAUGAAGAAAACCGCCCAUCAGAAAUUGAGGCUUCUUCUGGACUUCAGUCGACCAGAAGAAUCCUUCCUUCUGAUGAAACAAAGUCUGAGAAGGAGAACCAGCAAGGAAUUGUGUCUUCAUCUCCUGAACCAGGGGCCAAAGUCAAGGCUCAAGGAGAUGUCGCAGAAGCACAGUUUGGUGUUUCAAAAAGUUCUUGUUCAAAAUCUUAUCUGAAGCCCAAACUUAUAAAGGUUGUUCUUGUUCUUGCUAUUGCUUCUUUAUGUCUGCCCAUGAUCGAUUCUCCCCUGCUUUUAUCAUCCUUGAUGUAUCAUGGCAACGUGUCAAGAUCGUGUUUUGUUAGCCUGGCAGAAGAGAAUGUGUGCCAGGAAACGUUCUCCAUUGCAGAUCUAGCUGAGAGCAGAAGCUACUCUGGAACCAAACAAGUGGAAAAUAUGAAGGCUGAACCUGCCCGGACAGAAGAUGCUUCAGUGACAACGCCGAUUCUUGAUUAUCAAAUAUCAGCCUCAAAGGUUGCUGAUUCAGUUGCUAUCGUUGAAUUUCCCCAACCGGAAGUAAUAAUGGCGACCUCAGUCGAACGGCCACUCUCUGAGAUUGAAGUCGAUGGUGUGAUGGAGUAUGCAAAUGAGGUACCAUUGCCACUGGAACAAGUGAUUCCGGUUGUAGAGAAUGAGCAAUCUAUCUCGGAAGUUGAAGCCAGCGUACCGGAAUCCACCACAUUGGACCGACUUACUGAACUUAGCAGUUCUGAGGAACCUGAAAUGCAGGCUCCAUUUACUGAAGACCUUGAUCCGACUACAUCUUCAGGUUUUCCUAAGCAAGAGGCAAUCGAAGAACCGUCAGCUGCAAUGGACCAAUUGAAACAUCCAACAUCAUCACGGGAAACAUUGGGGAUUCAGGUAGCUUUGGGGGUCCUUUUGAUUGCCUUAACUGUUGUUGCAGUUACUUACCGGCAGACAAACAACAAUCGCAAGAUGGAGUAUGUGAAGAUGAAGGCUACAGAUGAUGUGCAAGACAAUAUUGGGCAUCAUCCUGUUUCUGAAAUGGAAAUGACCGGAGAAUCAUAUUCCAUGGAAAUGAGCAGCACCACCUCAGAGAAAACUAUGCGCUACCAACGUCGCGCUCCAAAAGAAACUGAAGAGGUUAUCCUGAAGUAUGAAAGGAGUCGGCGACCUCGACGUGGUUCAUCUGUCUCCAAUCCUGACGAUUCUCUUUCUUAUGGAAGCUUUACCACUUACGAGAAGUUACCAACUAAACAGGGUUCCGCUGAUGAAGCCACUGUGACUCCAGUUCGGCGUUCUAGCAGGAUAAAUAAGCAGACGACGAUCUCGUCCUGAUGAAUUGAUCCACGAGCAGUUGUCAUGUCUUCUGUGUUACUAACAUUUUUUUCAUUUUAGUGACUUUCGCUUGAGUUGUUAGUUGACCGUGUAAUUAGCACUGAAUGAACAGUUUCAUUCUGUUCUUUCUAAUUCCAAUCCCAUUGUUUUA